CAUGGCCUUUUAGGUGCUAUUCUUAAGCGAUCAAUGCCUAAUGGUGUAAAUAUCUCUUUAACAAACAGGGGUAACAAAAAUAACGCAUUGUUUUUCCUUGCUGCUCUUGGGAAAAUAUACCAAAAUGGCGCUCUACUGCAUGUUGCUAACUUAUAUGAAAAAAUCCAGUUCCCGGUAUCACGCACAACUCCGAGCAUUAGCUCCCUUAUUCGUUGGGAUCAUAGUGAAGACUGUUAAUCUAUCGAGUGACAAUGAAGAAUUUAUGAGUGGACAUAUCAUAGAUGGAAAAAUUCUUGUACCAGCUACAUGUUAUCUUCAGUAUGUUUGGGAAACAUUUUCACUUAUGUACCAUGGUCCGAGUUAUAUGGAUGUACCUGUUGAAUUUGAAGAUAUACGUUUCAUAAGAGCAACAACUAUGCCAGUUACUGGAGAAGUUGAAUUAACAGUUAUGAUUCACUAUGGCACCGGUAAUUUUGAGAUAACAGAAGCGGGUAACUUAGUUGUUACCGGCACCAUCCGUGAGACUGAAAAACCGACUAUCCCGGAAGUUUAUAAGUUUCAAAGUAAAUCUAAUUUUCCAAUGAUAUCUAAGAGGGACUUUUACAAAGAGUUGAAAUUACGGGGCUAUCAUUAUAAUGGCGCAUUUCAAGCCGUUCAAAUAGCCCGCUCAGAUGGUUUAUUCGGAAAGGUUGAAUGGAAUUAUAACUGGGUAACUUUUAUGGAUGCGAUGCUUCAAAUUCAGAUAUUGGGGACUGAUUCACGAACUCUUUUAUUACCAACAAAAAUUCGAAAAUUAAAAAUAAAUGGAAGACAUCAUUUCGAUUUAAUGUCCCAAAUGAAUCCGGACAAUCGUGUUUUCGAUGUGUAUGUAGAUCACAUGUACGAUCGGAUUAUAGCAGGAGGGAUUGAACUCGUUGGUCUACAUGCCAGUCCAGUACAAAGACGUCGGUCUCCUGGUAUUCCAGUUCGUGAAGAGUAUGUCUUUUUUCCAUUUUUCCCAUCGACAUUGCUUUCCUUUAAAAAUGCUGCUCGUGUUUGCAUUCAAAUCGCCCUUGAAAAUAAUCCUACCCUUAAAAUAAAGUUGGUUGAGGUACACGUAGAGGAAGAAAAGCCCGUGCUAAUCGAUUUUAUAGAAUCAAUUGAAGAUUUACCUGUUAUUACUGGAGACUAUAUUCUAUUGACAUCUCAAAAUAUGGAUACCAUUACAGGGGCUCGUAUUGAAAACGGAAGUUUGUCUUCUCAAGUAAAUUGUUAUUUUAUCGUACUUGGGGGGUUUGACGCAAAUGAAGUGCAAGAUAAGAUUACAACUGUUCACAAGGUACUUGUCGAUAAUGGUUAUUUAUUGCUUAGACAAAAAGCUACCAUGGAUAUUUCAGCAUUGAAAAUAUUAGAACGAUUUCAAACGCUUUCGAUUCUUUCAAUCGAUAACAAUGAAGAAAAAUUUGUUUUAUUGCAAAAAGUUUCAAAGAAACUAACAGUACAACCAGUCCUCGUAAAAAUAUCUGAACAUGAUAUUAAUUUUGAUUGGAUUGCAGUGUUGCAAGCUGCGUUAAGUACUAAAUCACCAGUUAUUGUGUAUUCAUUUAACGAGAAAUUUAACGGAAUAAUUGGGUUAGUGAAUUGCUUGCGAAAGGAACCUGAUGGAAAUUUGAUAAGAUGUUUUUUUAUUGAUGAUCAAAGUGCUCCUGCCUUUGAUUUGUCUCACCCGUUAUAUUCCGACCAGUUUUCAUUGGGGUUGGCAUUUAACAUAUAUCGCAAUGGCUCUUGGGGAAGCUAUAGACAUUUGCAAUUGCUCAAAAUUGACAAGCCAGAGGCCAGAUUAGAUCACAUUUAUGGAAACGUCAUUCAACGAGGAGACUUAUCGACCUUACAAUGGUUAAAGGGACCUCUUAAUUCACAAAACUGUCAAAUUAAAAUAGCUUUUUCUUCUCUAAAUUUUCGAGAUGUAAUGCUUGCAACUGGUCGGUUAGCUGUUGAAUUAUAUGGAUCAAGUCGAAUAGAUCAAAACUGUGUAUUGGGUUUUGAAUAUUCUGGUAUUAACAUGGUAUCUGGACGUCGUAUAAUGAGUAUGGUGGAAAAGGGUGGUGUAGCUUCCUAUGUAGAAAAGCCAUCAAAACUAAUAUGGGACAUUCCUGAUCACUGGUCUUUAGAAGAGGCAGCUACUGUUCCUGUGGUGUAUAUAACUGUUUACUAUGCAUUCUUUAUGAUAAGUGAUAUACGAAAGGGAAAAAGCAUACUUAUACAUGCUGGUACUGGGGGCAUAGGUCUAGCCGCUAUUCGAGUGGCUUUGGCCUAUAACCUGGAAGUUUUUACAACUUGCAGUAAUCCCAUAAAGAAAGAAUUUUUACUAAAAACAUUUCCGCAGCUAAAAGAAUCCAACAUUGGAAAUUCUCGGGAUACGUCAUUCGAGACUAUGGUGCAGCGUGAAACAAACGGCAAGGGUGUGGAUUUUGUUUUAAACUCUUUAUCGGAAGAAAAACUGCUUGCAUCAGUACGAUGUCUUGGCAAGUCUGGACAUUUUUUGGAAAUUGGAAAGUUUGAUAUGGCCAACGACAACAAAAUUGGAUUAGGGUGCUUUUUAAAAGAAAUUACUUUCCAUGCAGUCCUUGCUGAUAGCCUUCUUGUUGCUCCAGAAGAAGACAUUUGGCAUUUGAAAAAUCUUAUUGAUAUAGAUAUUUCUAACGGAAUUAUUCAACCAUUACCUGUUAAAGUCUUUCAGGCUCAUGAAAUUGAACAGGCCUUUAGACAUUUGAUCGGUGGCAAACAUAUUGGAAAAGUUGUUAUUCAAGUUCGUGAAAGGCCAGAUGAUCCGUCAACUUUACCUGUUAGGGUGAUAAGUCAAAUUUACUUUAAGCCUACUCUUACUUAUGUAAUUUCUGGUGGGCUGGGGGGUUUCGGAAUGGAAUUGGCUGAUUGGAUGGCUUUGCGCGGAGCUAAAAAACUUUUGCUUAGCUCUAGUCGCGGAAUUACAACAGACUAUCAAUCAUUCAGGAUCGCGCUAUGGAAGACCUAUGGUUGUGAAAUCGCUGUCAGCACCUCAGAUAUUUCAACAAAAAAUGGAUGCCGCAGACUACUUUCUGAAGCUUCUGCUCUAGGACCAGUUGGUGGAAUUUUUAAUCUGGCAGUUGUGUUAAGGGAUAGUAUUUUUACAAACCAAACCAAAGAUCAAUUUUUAGAAAGCUUUGCGCCUAAGGCUAUUGCCACUAAACAUUUAGAUGAGGUAUCUCGAAUUUCGUGUCCGGAUUUGGAGCAUUUUGUAGUUUUUUCAAGCGUAUCUUGCGGUCGGGGAAAUGCGGGCCAAUCAAAUUAUGGGAUGGCCAAUUCUGUAAUGGAACGCAUAAUUGAGUAUCGAAACAGAAACGGAUUUCCAGCUAAAGCUAUUCAAUGGGGAGCAGUCGGUGAAGUAGGCUUAGUGGCUGAUAUGGCAGAAGACAAAAUUGAUUUAGAAAUAGGAGGUACCCUCCAGCAACGAAUUUCAUCGUGUAUCCAGGAACUGGAUCAUUUAUUAGGAUCCAAAUCUCCAAUUGUGUCAUGCAUGGUCGUAGCUGAAAAACGUAAUGGUCGUUCUGAAAAUGAGAGUAUUAUUGAUGCAGUCAUGAAUAUUAUGGGAAUAAGAGACUUAAAAACAAUUUCGUUAGGUACUACACUUUCAGAAAUGGGUAUGGAUUCUUUAAUGGCUGUUGAAAUUAAGCAAACCCUAGAAAGAGACUUUGAGUUAAUUUUAUCCCCACAAGAUUUACGACUCCUUACUUUCCAAAAGCUACAGGAGAUUAUUGAUGCUAGAGAAAAAGAAAACGAUGAAGAAAUAAAAAUGAUAUUUCCUUCAGAAAAAAAGCUUUUUGGAAUGGAGUUACUAAUUCGGAACUUAGGCGAUGAAACAAACUGUGAUCAAGUUAUUAUUCCUCUCAAGACUUCUGCAGCUCCUUCAAAACAGACCCUACAACCAAACAUUAUAAUACCUGGAUUGGAGGGAACAGCUGGACGUGCAUGGUAUCAAAUAGGCUCCAGAUUGCAAAGUAGGGCUAUUGUUCUACAGCUACAUCAGUUCGCUCAUUUAGAAAAUCUUAAGGACGUCGUACAACAAUGUUUUGAACAAGUCAAGCUAUUAUUACGGCAAACAGAACCGUUCUAUAUAAUUGGAUACUCAUUUGGAACCUUUAUAGCUUUAAAGGUAGCCGAAAUGCUUGAAAAUUGUGGCUUUCGUGGACAUAUAAUGUUGUUAGAUGGAGCGCCACAUUUUUUAAAACGCCUUACAAAUUUACAUUUGGGUGACCAUUUCUCAGACAAUGAACUUUAUGAUUUGCUUUUUUCUAGUAUUGUCAAUCAGAUAUUCCCUGAAGAAACUAAAGAAACCACAUCUGAAGUUUUUCACAAAGUGAAAAGCCUUUCAGAAAAAAAGUCAAUUUUCAUGAACUAUGUUGAAAAGCAGAAUGUAUACAGCAAAGAAUACUCUGCGACAAUGGUAGACGCAAUGUUUAGGAGAGUUAAAAUGGCGGCUUCCUUUGAUUUAAAUGGUAUUCAAAAAAUAAAAUCACCAAUUACAUUGGUCCGACCUUCUGAGGUUUCACUGCAAGACAUUGAUGAAGAUUAUUGCCUUUCUUUACUGACCUCUGGAAAGGUAACACUCAAAGUAAUUGAAGGAAAUCAUACUACCAUGUUGGAUAAUCCAUCAUUAAGUCAGAUAAUUAACGGUUUUGAUCCAGUUCUGAUAGAAGAUACAAAUUUUGAAGAAUAUAUUCGAAAUGACAAGCCAGUCUCGGUAGUGUAAGAAUUCCUUUAUUCAUAACCACUAAUAUUCGUAUUAAAAAACGUAAGCUUAAGUUUAAAAACUAAAUAAAUAUUAGUAGUUUGAUUUUUAAAAUUAUAAAGUAUAGGAUUAUAUAUGAAGUAGUUCAUUAAAAAAGGUACUUAAAUAAUUGGCCCUUUGAUUGCCUUAUUUCUAUUUUAAAGUCCCACAUUAGAAAUUCGCAGGAAACAUUAUUCCAAAUUAUUGUAUGCCCUUCGCAUCAAGUUAAACAUUUUUGGAACUCCAGCAUUGAUAAACAAACAAAAAUCGCUUAACCACCUCUGUUUUCAGACAUUCAGAAAGAUAAUCACCUAAGUUGUCAGCAAUCCGCUGACCCAACGAAACUAUCUGAUACAUAAAAAUUGUUACACAUAUAUGGCACUGUACUACACAACCUACGGAAAAACUGGCUCCGCUUGCAAAAUAUACCUUCAUUGUUUCUUAAUACCUAUUUUUGUUAACUUAAGCAUUUUGUACCUGUAAAAACUGUUAAGUUUGUUAAAUAAAAUCGUUUCUCAUUCA